GGGCAAAAGAGCCCCCCUCACCCUCAGCAGCCUGCAGGAGACACGGUCAGUCCAGUAAACACAGGGCGACAAUAGCUUGCGGUCACUAUUAGAUAUUGUAUUUGGCGUUAACUAUGGAUGCCGACAACGAAGAAAGAAUGAAGGCGAUUAAAGAAUCCAAAAGACGAGAACGCCGAGAACGUCAAUCAGGUUCAAGCAGGCAUGGUUUACAUGAUAUUGAAGCUUUGGAGAAUACAGACUCCGACAUUGGCGUGUGUGGCUGGCUGUUGGUCAGUCUCUCCAUUCUUCUCAUGCUGGUUACUCUGCCCAUCUCCAUAUGGAUGUGCAUUAAGAUUGUGAAGGAGUACGAGCGAGCCAUUAUCUUUCGCCUGGGGCGCAUUUUGCGAGGAGGAGCCAAAGGUCCAGGGCUGUUCUUCAUCUUGCCGUGCACUGACAGCUUUAUUAAUGUGGACAUGCGCACCAUCACCUUCGACAUCCCACCGCAAGAGGUUUUGACCAAAGACUCUGUGACAGUGAGUGUUGAUGGUGUGGUGUACUACCGGGUUCAGAAUGCUACUCUGGCUGUGGCUAACAUCACUAAUGCAGAUGCUGCUACCCGGCUAUUGGCCCAGACCACUCUGAGGAACGUCCUGGGUACCAAGAACCUGGCAGAGAUCCUGUCUGACCGUGAAGAAAUCGCACACAGUAUGCAGUCCACUCUGGACGACGCCACAGAUGACUGGGGGAUCAAGGUCGAGCGGGUGGAGAUCAAAGACGUCAAGCUGCCCCUUCAGCUCCAGAGGGCCAUGGCUGCUGAGGCUGAGGCCAGCCGCGAGGCCAGAGCGAAGGUGAUCGCAGCUGAGGGAGAGAUGAACGCGUCGCGCGCGCUGAAGGAGGCGUCACUGGUGAUUGCAGAGUCUCCGUCGGCCCUGCAGCUGCGCUACCUUCAGACCCUCAACACCAUCGCCGCCGAGAAGAACUCCACCAUCAUUUUCCCGCUGCCGAUGGAGAUGAUGCAGGGGUUCAUCAAACACUGAGGGGGGGGGGAGUGGAGUCUCAAAACACAUCGUUCACAUGCACACACUCACACAACAUGCGACACUUGCACACACACACAUUUAGGCCCCGUGUCUGUUAAGCAUGUCUCUUUGAAACAGCAGUGCUAAGGUGACGCUUAGGGAGUUGACCUUGUGGCUCAUGAUGCACCAAGCUGUCUUCAGAGAACUUGUGGUGCUCAACAUCAACUGUUUAAAAGCUGCGCCUGUGUGAGGAAAUAACUCCACACCUGGAGGGAGCAGUAGUCAUUUCUAAUCUAAAAAAGAAAACUGCAACACAAACUAACCGACCAUUUUCUAGCAAGUGGAUUGUUGGUUACUUCAUUCCAAAUUGCCAUUUUGUUGUAAAAAAAAAAAAUUCUUUAAGAUUAAUCAGAGAGCUUAAGCGGAUGAACACAAGAUGAAGACAUGAAAUGUAACUUGUGUCACAUGGUUGUGUUGCUCAGAUCAGUUUCUCUUCUCGUGCACUGAUCUGUUAGGCCGAACAGCCAAUCAGAAAGCUCUCUAUCACCCGCUGCCGAUUCAGCGCGCUCAGUCAGCUGAACUGCUGACAGCAAAAUCUACAGCAUGCAGCUUGGUGUGUCUGCCAAGAACUGACCACUUUUUAUUUUAAAGGAAAGUGCCUGCUGGAUAUGUGGCCUUACAUACAAAUACACACACACACACACACACACACACACACACACAAAUACAUGUUCUUGUACUUCUAUCUAUUCUAUCUAAUAGCUCCUAAUAUUGUGGCACUCUUGUGACCACUGCCAGCAUCAUAGGGCUGCGAUCAUGUUAUACCUAAAAGUAUCGUCAUUAUUUACAAAUGGCUUUACUCUCAAUCCCCAAAACCGAACUAAAUGUUUUUUUUUUUAGAUGUUAGCUGUGCCAUUGCAUGUUUUCACAGAUCGUGUAAAACAUUCAUUCCAACAUCAGCAUUAAACCUUGAAGGUUCAAACACGUACCAGGACCUACAGUAUACGCUGUACUGUACUUAACCUGCUCUACUCUCGUUCUUCACUUUCAUCAGAGUGAAAGAAAGAAACGCUGGCAGUGCUGAUUUUUUGUUUUUUAUUUACUGAAAAUACAGUAAAUAUGGUGCAUAAACAGACUGGAGAGGCCUGAGAUGGAUCAAUGCAAAAGCUGCAAUGAUGUUAUCUUGGUGGAUUGUGUUUGGUUUGCUUUAUCACAAUACUGAGCCAGCACGAGAGAUGGGCAGCGGUCCUAAAGUAGCCCCUUCAGAAAGUAGGGUUUGGUCAGAGUGACAUACAAAUAAAAAUACAGAGAGAGUGACACACACACACACACACACACACUUUCCUCUUUUAAACACAUAAACACCUUUCCUCCAGUUGCCAAUAGUUUUGUCUAAGAUUAUAAGCUAAAACUUGACUGAGAUGUUGACAGUCAGGCCAGAUGUUACUUGUAUAUGUUUACAGUAUGCUUUCUAUUCAUACACAGUAUAUGAUAUAUUAAGAAUGAUGGACAAAGUAUUAGGAGCACCUCAGAUUGCUGUAGCGUUGACUCUGACACAAAAAGGGAACAUUAUCAGCUACACAGGUGGUACUGUGUAUAUUGUAGGGCUGUCAGUUGUUCCGAUUAUUUUGUCCACCCCCUGUCUGGCUUCACUGCUUAGGAGAAGCAGGGACUGUUAGAAAGAAACUUAUCGCAAAUCUUUCAGCCAAAAGCCUUAACUUACUGCCAUCGAUUCAUUUUACAGCCUAAUAUCACAUUUCUAUGCACUUCCCAGUGAAAAUAACUGAAUGAUUUUAUUGACUUAUUUUUUUUAAACAGUAUUUUAUCACACACGCUCCUUCUGGGUGUAAACAAACAAGCCAAAUAAUUAAACGUCUUUGUAUCUAGCUCAAAACUGACAUGUAGUUGUUAGAUUUUUCCUCCUUUUGACAUAUAAAAGAACAGGAGUGUUGGUAAAUGUAUGUUACAGUAUCGAGUGUAUAUCUGUCGUCUUAGUAGUGUUACUAUAUAUGUACAUAUACAUACAAUAUGUAUUAGGAGUUCAGUUUGUCACAUCUGAACCCAGGUUUAAAGUGGCACUAUAGAGUUACUUUUUAUUUUUUGUUAUUGAGAACAAAGGCUGUUACAUUGUUUUAUGUACCUGUUGACCCAUGUUAACUUGACUUUUACAGAAAGUGUGUUACAGAAGGAAGAGAGGUGGUCACAUACACACACCCACAGCAUGACCACAUUGUGCUGCUGGCUGCGUCUUGUCCACUUUCUCAGGCAGCAUUUGUGUUCAGAGAAGGUAUUUUUUUAAGCUCACUUCUUAUUAUUUGGCUUUCACUUAACAAAGCCUAACCCUGCUCAUUAAAUUGAAGUAGUACUUAAGUUUCUGUCUUUUAAAAAAAAAAAAAAAAAAGUUACACACAUUAUUUUUGUAUUAAGUUAUAUUCAGAAUUUAUGUUGCAGCUAGCAAUAUUUUUUUGUGUAGUUUGCUAAUGUUUGAUAUGGUUUUAUGUUUAAUAUAUAUAUGUGAAGACUUUAAAUAAAGACGCUAUCAAAAAGCA